AUGGCAGAUUUCAGUUAUUACCAAAUAUCACUAGUUUUUUUAUCGGCCAAAUUUCCUUAUAAUCCCAAGCGCAAUAACAAGGCAACAGAAAUGUUGAAGAGAGUAACCAUUGAUUUAAUUGAUGUAGUGUUAUAUGAUGACAGAUUAUUUCAACAUCGAUUUAUGGUAUUAUGUACUCUGUAUGACUAUCUUUUGGGUAUAAAUGUUGAAAAUGAAAAUCGUGAAAUGGAUGAAUUUCAACAGAAGUGUAAGAAAAUACUAGAUGAAAGACUGUACAGUAGUUACGGUCGUUCAUAUGGAUAUGGAGUUUAUUCUUCACUUGAUUAUAGAAAAAAAUGGGAUGUCAAGGACAUUCUAACUAAAUUUCAUGAUAUGAUCAGCUUACAACCUAUUCCAAAGAAAUUAGAAUCUAUAUGGAAAAGAGUAUACACAGUUAUGUUAUCACACUUUUUUUCACAGGUGCCAGAGAAAAUAUGUUUAGAUAUCUAUUGUGAAGAACGAGAUGUCGAAAAAUAUUGUAGUUUGAUUCAAGAAAGUCUCAGUGAAAAGGCAUUUCAGGAAUUUAGUCAUGUGUUAGAGCACUACCUUCGUCAGAAUGGACGUUUAAUAGCCUUUAUGGAUGAUGAAGAAUAUCAGGGUUUAAUAAGUGUUCUGAACAGUAAAAUGAAGGAGUUGUCGAGACUUGGACUGGGUAUUGAUACCAAGAAGUCAGAAGUUAUUACAAUAGAACAAGAAGAGAUUUUAUGGAGUAAAGGCUUGUUAGGUGAAAGCAACCCACAGCACUUAUUGGAUACUCUUCUUUUCUUGUUUGGAUUACAUUUUGCACUGUGA